GCAGCCACGGCGGACACAUCGCAUUUUCCACAAACAAAGCAGACACACCAACACCAACACCAUGUUCUGGGAGCUGAUCUUUGUCGGCGUCGUGGUGUACGGCGCGGUGAGUCGUUGGCAGCGUUGAGUCGACGGUCGCAUGCAAAGGUCAAAGCGGCACUUGUUGUUGUUGACAGAGUUUUUUGGUGGGGGGGGGGCAAGCUGCCUGCUGUGUGUGUGUGUGUGCGCACCGCUGCUCCCUCUCUGUGCUCGUUAUUCUGCUCGUCGCGUCACCACACAACACGAAUGUGCGUUGGUGUGGGUGCAGCGUCAAGUGCUGCAGAGUGUGAAAGCGUACAUGCGGCAACAGAACAUCGGGAGCUGGAAUGCUUUACUCACCGGUGACUACCUCGAUGUCACGUCAACAACAGUGAAAGGUGUCGACCACGUCAAGGCCGGGGAUGUGGUGACGUUUCGCUUCUCCUUCUUCACUGUGCAAGGGAAGCCGUGCGAAGAUAUCACUACGGCUGGCUUUGAGCCCUCCAUUGAAACCCCACAGAACACAAGCGUUACGCCUGUCGUGGAGAAGAAAGGGUCCAGCAUUGUCACCUCGUUUGUUCCCACCGUGCCCGGUGACUACACCGUGAGUGCAACCAUGAAGGGCCAUCAGAUUCCCACGUCGCACAUUGUCAUUGUGACAUCAGGCCCCGCGUGUCUUGAAAAGUCCACGCUGACGCCGGAGAGAGAAACAGUCGAGAUUUUCGCCCCAUUUGCCCUCCAUCUUUCCAUUCACGAUGCACACGCCAACGAGACGGUUCUUGAUCCCGACAUGGAGGUGCACGCCGAGGUCACACCCUGCUCUCCCCCACACAAGCCAUCGUCACAGUAUGUGGAGACGGCGGUUGAGGUGACGGGGGCGCGGACGAGCAUCACGUGCACAGCGCGGGAGUGUGGCGUGUAUGAAGUUGCUGUUCACAUUCGUCGCCGUGGUGAGCAGCACUCGCUCGCAACGCGCCGCGCCCUCAUCGUCGCCCUCACGCACAAGCAGAUGCUACAGGCGCAGCAGCGCACAUCAACGACUUACUGGGAUGCGCAAUUCUACCGGCCGCGCACGAAGAGCUGGUGCAAAGGAUGGCUCUAUCUCACCCCGCGCCAGGUAUCUGUACGCGAGUCGUGGGCGUUCAUCUUCACGUCAAAGGUCUUUGCGGCCCGCAUAUCUGCCAGCACAUCCACGCACGUGAGCAGCAGCGCGUUGGCGUCGUGCGCACACCUCGGGUCAGCAGCGGCCGACUUGAAGGAGCUGAUGGAGUUGUCUCCAGAUGUUAUUGUGCUGGAUGACCGGAAACAGGAUCCGCUCGUUGUGAAAUGCCCGCAGCGCACUGUGUUUCUUGCGCGCUACUUUGACGCCGUUGCCAGCCUGGGCCUGGUCUCCUACGAAAUGAAACGCGAUCAGUUCUUCCGGGAGUGCAAGCAGAAGCAGGGUCCCCCGCUGGUGGUGCGUGUGCGACGGCUGCAGGGAAUGGAGUUUGUUCACCACGUGCGCGAGGUCACGAAACGAUUUGGAACAAAGGAGUGGCACGCAGACUGGAAAGUCGAGUAUGCCGGCGAGCAAGGGAUGGAUUACGGUGGACUGACACGCGAGCUGCUCACAGAUGUGAUCACCGCCCUCGCGUCCUCAGAUGUUGGCAUGUUCAGCCCGCUCUCAGAGAACCGCGAGGCUGUGCACAUUGCGUAUCCGUGGCCACACGACAAGCUCAAGUACUACCGCUUUGCUGGGAAGAUCUUUGGCAAAGUCUUGUUCGAGGCCCAGCGCCGGCAGACGCUGAGUCCCGUUCGCCUCACAUCUGCACUGCGCAGCUACGUGCUUGGCCUGCACGUGUCGUACCACAACUUUGAGGCAGACGACCCAGACCUGUACUUGCGCAAGAUCAAGUACAUUAUCGAGAACGCCGUGGAGCCUCUGGACAUGACGUUUACAGACGAGGACGAGCAAGGACAGGAGGUGGAGCUGGUGUCCGAUGGCGACAACAUGUCCGUGACGGACGACAACAAGUUUGAAUAUCUGGAGCGGCUUGCGCAAUGGCGGUUUGUGACGCGCGUGGACGCACCGCUGCAGGCGUUUGCAGAGGGCGUGAUGAAGGUUAUGCCCGAGGCGGCACUCGGGCUGCUGGAUGAACAGGACCUCGAGUUGAUGCUGUGCGGCGUGCCGGAGUUUCAGGUUGAGGACCUCCGUGCCAACUGCCGCGUGUCAAUCAGUUGCGACCCGCCCUCUGUGCUGUACGUCUUCCAUGCGCUGGCGUCUUUCUCGCGCGGGGAGCAGGCGCGAUUCCUGCAGUUUGUGACGGGUCAGGCCGGCGUCCCAGCAGGCGGCUUUGCAAACUUCUCCCCACGGAUUGAGAUUUGUGCGCUGGAGCGAGAGGAUUGCUUGCCAGAGGCCCACACCUGCUUCAACCAGCUUGUGAUACCGCGGUACACGAGCUUGGAGACGUGCCAGCGCUGCCUCAAAACCGCCAUCACCGAGGGAUUCCAGGGGUUUGCACUCCUCUAACCAUACACUGGCAGCAGCAGCGGCGGCAGCGGCAGCAGGCAUGUUAUUGGCCUGUGCGCUUGUUGGGACGAUUCCCAGUUACAUAACCACGCCCACCCUCACACACGUACGUGUGGCAGUGGUCGCUUGUCUUGGUUGCACCUCGUCUAUGUUCUUCGGUCCAUCCUGUCGUUGACAUCUCGUGCACGUGUGCUGAGUCAUGUUGAGAUGUCGAGGUGUCUUUGUCGAUUCAUCCCUUCCUUCUGUAUCCAUUCGUCUCGUCGUCCUGCCAUGUCGAUGCAUAUCUUCAUGGCACUUGUCGCAGCGCUGUUCCUUCGUCCGCGUCGUGUGCACGCGCCCGUGUUGCUGUUACUUCGUUGCCUCGCGCGCGCAUGUCCUGACAUGCACGAUCCUCGUUAUGGUAUGAGCUCAUUGAGAAUGUCCACCAAGAAGUCGUAUUGUUCUUCCU